AUGCUGUUCCAAGAAGAAAAGGCUCAGAUGAGCCUCCUUUCCAGGUGGGCGGGCGUGUCUGUCUUGUCUCCGAUCACGUCACCGGGUCUGCUGGUGCCGACAUUGGACGACGAGGAGACGGUUUCGGGUGACACGAACAUGUUCCUCAGCGCUGGGAAGGGAAGCCUGGUGGAGAGUCCAGACGAAUAA